AAGAAAAAUUGAAAGAAAAGAUAGAAGAAAGACAAAAGAAAAAUAGAAAAAAAGAUAGAAGAAAAGACAGAAGAAAAAAUAGAAAAAAAACAGAAGAAAAAACAGAAAAGAAGACGAAAGAAAAGACAAAAAAAAAGACAAAAAAAAAGACAGAAGAAAAAACGAAAGAAGAAAAAUCUAAAAUAAGAAAAGAAGCAAGCAAAAUGGCAAAGAAAGCAAAGCGGCAAAGAAAAGAAAAACAAAGUGGCAAAGAAAAGCAAAGCAGCAAAGAAAAGCAAAGUGAAAAGAAAAGUAAAGAAAAGCAACAUGGCAAAGAAUAA